AUGUAUAUCCGGGACUUUAGCACAGCAAACAGUUGCCGAGACCCAGAAUCUUUAGAUAUCAGCACAAUGCUGCUGGAUACAAAGAAGCACCUUACUUUGCAGAACGUUCCCAGCAGCUACGUUGAGAAAAGAACCCAUGUUAAGAGAUUUGACGUUUCAUGUCCCGGCAAGAAUGAUAUCUUAAAAGGAAGGAAACCAAGGGCUCCUAUUUGUCCCACUUACAGAGAAAUAGAUAUCGACGUCAACAGAAUUCCCAAGAAAAUUGUUCAGCGCCGAUGCAUGUGUACCAAUUGUUUACCAAUAUUUGACGGUUCCAUGGGACGCCGAUCAUUUUCACGAUGCGUACCAACAUUUCAAUAUCAGAUGGUUCUAAGGAGAGUUGGAUGCAAUAAUGGGGUGUACGAGUAUAAACCCGUAAUGGAGCCGUUCGUUGUUGGGUGUUCUUGUCAGGUGUUCUUUGUAUGA